UGUUGGUUGCAAGAUGGCAGCGGCUUUGCAGAUGUUUUUAUUCCUGUUUAAGUCGAAAUAUCGCCGAAAAUGUGUUUUUACGAGUGGAGUGUUUAGUAUGAUUGUAGUGUACUCAAGUGUAUUUAAUUUAGCUUCGAGUACAAACUGUACUGGUGCACAGUGUGUGAACGGGGAAUGUGUGAAUGGCACAGGUUGUGUUUGUUUUGAUGGGUGGCAAGGACCUUCCUGUCAAUUUUGUGGAGGAAAAGUGCGAUUACCAGACACAUCAGGUCAUAUACAUGAUGGUCAUGGAAAUUACUCAAUUGAUGUGAAAUGUAGUUGGCUUGUAGAUGCAGGUGGUAUACCCAAUACCACAAUCCGAUUGCAUCUCGAGGAGUUUGCCACUGAAUGCGGCUGGGAUCAUUUGUAUAUAUUUGAUGGUGACAGUGUCGAUGCGCCCUUGCUUGCUGUGUUCAGUGGUCUUAUGUACAAAGAUGGUUAUACCAUCAGAAAAAUUCCAGAAGUGGUAGCAAAGUCUGGUUCAGCUUUAUUGCAUUUUUACAGUGAUGUUGCGUACAACAUGACAGGAUUCAAUAUUUCCUAUAGAUUUAACUCCUGUCCUAGCAGAUCUUCUGCAGUGAAUUGCUCAGGACACGGUAUUUGUAUAGAUGGAGUGUGUACAUGUGAUGCAAGCUAUAUGGGUGAGGCAUGCCACAUAGAAGUUUGCCCAGGAAAUUGCGGGGACAAUGGGGAGUGCAACAUGGAGUCUCACCGUUGUGACUGUCACCGUGGCUUCAAGGGUGAUGACUGCAGUCAGUGGGAAGCAACAGGCUACUGGGAAGUAGUACAACCGAAAGAUUUUGUCCCUGUGGGUUCUGCCUCGCAUGGAGCAGUUGUUUGGAGAGAUUCGUUGUACAUAAUAGGUGGUGAAUCAUUUCAUCGUGCUGAAAUGAUAUACGUUUAUGACUUCAAUGGUAAUGUGUGGGAAACACAUCACAUGGACAGCAAGAAUGUUCCACAGCCACGUUACGGCCAUUCUGCUGUUCUUUUUGGGGAUAAAAUUUAUGUAUAUGGUGGUGUUGAAGAAAGUGGAACAAUUUCUGCAGAACUUUGGGCAUUUGAUGUAAAUGCCAAAACAUGGGAAAACAUAACAGUUCGUGCAGAGCACUGUAAUGCUACUGCUCCAAAUGGUUCUAUGCUGUGUGGUCCUCUCAGGUCCGCAGGCCAUACAGCUACCAUAGUGACAGGACGUGGUGGAAAGUCAGAGAGGAUGAUUGUUAUUUUUGGUUAUUCUCCUCAUUACGGGUACCUGAACACUGUCCAAGAAUACCAUUUUGGAACACGGGAGUGGAUUAUUGUUCGGACUGUUGGCUAUCCAGUAAAUGGAGGCUAUGGACACAGCAGUGCUCUAGAUCCCCUUACUAAUUACAUUUAUGUGUAUGGUGGUUUUGUGUCUGAAAGUUCAGCUCAAUCAGUUCUGACCAACCGAAUGUACUCGUACAAUCCAAACACCCAUAAAUGGUUACGACUGGCAGAUGCUCCAUCAGCUCGGUUCCUGCAUACUGCAACUUUCGUUUCUUCUGGCCUUAUGUUGGUGUUUGGUGGAAAUACUCACAACGAUACAGCUCAUAGUCAUGGUGCUCGUUGUUAUUCUGCUGACCUGCUUGUUUAUGAUGUUCUGUGUAACCAUUGGGAUAUCUCGGAUGCACCUCACCUACUGCGUGCAGAUCUUGCAAGAUUUGGGCAUUCUGCUGUCACAUUUGAGGGUGCACUCUAUCUGUAUGGUGGUUUUGAUGGACAGAUGCUCUCUGAUAUGAUGAGGUUUGUACCAGGAAAAUGUGAAAGUCUGACCAAUGACACUAUGUGCGAAUCAAUAAGGUUUGGAGUGAAAUGUUUGUGGAUACCCCAUGCAAACAAAUGUGUUUCUCUGUCUGCAGAGAAUUUAAUUAAUUUUAAAAAUUACAGUCUGUGCAAGGAAACUACCCAGAGUAGCUGCAGUGACUGUCAGGACUGUACCUCAUGCUCAAAUACUUUUGGGUGUGAAUGGUCUAAUGAGAGUAGUUCAUGUUUACUUAGAGAUGCAGAUAGAAAAAUGCAGGUUUUACCAGCAGAUCGUUGUCCCAACCGUGAACUUGCAGAAUGUAAUCAGCUGCAUAACUGCCAGGCCUGCACUAGUAACACUCAUUGCCACUGGACUUACGAGGUGCCAUGCAAAGCAGUGGGAAAUGUUUCUGUUGUAGAACCACAGGAGUCUGUGCCAUGUGGAAGUGUCUGUGCCGAACUGACAUCCUGUUACAACUGCACUCAGGAAGAAUGCAUUUGGUGUCAGAAUGAGGGAAGAUGUGUUGAUAAAAAUGCCUACAGUGUGUCUUUUCCAUAUGGCCAAUGCCGUGAGUGGACAACACAGCAGAGUCGCUGUCGCUCACCAGUUGCUGGAAAAUCUUCUUGCAGCUUCUUCGCCACAUGUGCAGAUUGUCGAGAAGAUCCAGCUUGUGGAUGGUGUGAUGAUGGUUCAGGUACAGGUCUAGGGGUGUGCCUUCCUGGUGGAAAUCUGAGACCAGCACAAGAUUUCCCUUGCCCUUCCAGCCUCUGGUACUUCACACAGUGCCCAACUUGUCAGUGUAAUGGCCAUAGCACCUGUGCAAAUGGAACAAGUCUUUGCAAUCAACCUUGUGCCAACCUUACACGUGGUCCCCACUGUGAGCAAUGUGUGCAUGGCUAUUAUGGAAAUCCAGUUAAUGGAGGAAAAUGCAGUCCCUGCGAAUGUAAUGAUCAGGGCACUGAAUGCCAUCCAGACACAGGAAAGUGUUUUUGCACAACAAAAGGCAUUGUCGGUGACCACUGUGAGCGGUGUGAUACUCAGAAUCAUUACCUCGGAGAUCCCACGAAUAAAGGCUCUUGUUUCUAUGAGCUCACAAUAGACUAUCAGUUCACUUUUAAUUUAUCAAAGAAGGAUGAUCGCCAUUAUACACAGAUUAAUUUUAGAAAUAGUCCACCAAAGUCGGAUGUGGAUGCUGAAUUUAGUAUUACUUGUUCAGUUCUAGCGAAGAUGAACCUCACCAUGAAGACUGCUAACAACGUAGAAAAGCCAAUACUGACCAAUCAUAAUUGUACAAGCUAUCGGUAUCGCUUCAACAAGGCUGAACAUAAUUUUGGCACUUUGGAUAAUGUUACAUUGACUACUUUCUAUGUUUAUGUGUAUGAUUUUCGGCCACCAUUAUGGAUUCAGAUCUCCUUCUCACAGUAUCCAAAGCUGAAUUUGCAACAGUUCUUCAUCACAUUUUCAACGUGUUUUUUACUCUUACUUCUUGUAGCUGCUAUUCUCUGGAAGAUCAAGCAGAAGUAUGAUAUGUACAGAAGAAGACAGAGAUUGUUUGUGGAGAUGGAACAAAUGGCAAGCCGUCCUUUCUCCCAAGUAUUAGUUGAGAUAGAACAACGGGAGAAGUUGGAAGAUUCCUCAGAGUCAAUAUCCACACUUAGGAAAAAGAAAAAGGAUUCACCAAGUCCCAUAGCACUUGAGCCUUGUUGUGGAAACAGAGCAGCAGUUUUGUCCCUGCUGGUCAGGCUUCCAACAGGUGGCGAAAUGUAUACGCCUCCAGGGCAGUCAGCUGGAUUAGCAGUUGCGUCGGCCCUGGUGACUCUUGGAAACCCAAGGAAAGUGAGCAUAGAUCCCACAGGAAAAACUGAAGCAAAGGCAAAAUCUCGAAAAUCUCUUUCAAGUCAGCAUCCUGACAGCUGUAUAUAGCGUCAUAUCUUCAGCAGUCCCAAGUUGGCUAUUUCGUGAAGUUCUCAUUCAGCACUAAUGUGUGCAGAGUGAGCAAGCUGUGAUAGUGUAGCAUGCCACAAGAUUCUUGCUGUGUCAUUAGUUUAGCUGAUCGUGUGAAUCAACAAACUGGUGUCUAAUCCAAAGGAUUUCUUCUGUUUUCUACAAGACAGUGUGUUAGGUAUUAAGUUUUUUAAGAAAAAAAGGAAUCUAGUCAAAAGACUAAUGUUAAGUGUUCACUUACCAUCCUAUGUGCUGGUGCGUCCCCUUUUUGCAAUCCUCUCUCCCGGUGUUAUCUAAUGGACUGAUUAGUAACUUAACGUAUUAUUAUUCUUAUAAUUAUUUGCAUUUCCUGCAAAGCAUAAGACUUCCAUUCUCUUAAGAGAAAGUGAUAUCUUUUUAUAUAAUCUAAAUGUGAAAUUAAAAUAGGGAUAUCGAACUUGAGUAAAGGUAGAUGAAAGAACAAAUUUCAGUAAGUCAAAAGACAAUUAUAAAUGUUGUCAGCUGAAUACCUAUAGCUGCAGAGAUCAUUUCAGUAAUUAAUAAUGGAGAGGGAAGGUAAUUAUCCCUGGACAAGCUGGUCAGUAAUAAGAACUAAGUAUGGGCAUGAGACAUAGUGCAUCGUUUUGGUACAUGUGAUGACUGUCAGAGAAAUUAAUACAGCACUCUAAAAAAUUAACUGAACUCUUCAGUACAUCAUUCUAGGAACGACAAGAUUUGAGUGUGUGUUAAAGAGUACAACAAAAUUCCCACUCAGGGGGGAGGGUAGUGUAUAAUCAAAAAGAAAUAGGUCUAGAGAGAACAAUUUAAAAAGAAAUUAUGAAUAUUUUGUAUGUUAUACUGUGAGAAUGUGAUCUAUGAACAGUUAAAAAAAGGACAAAGACCAGAGGAAGGAUGUUGGACAGUUCUGAAUUUGUAGCUAGUCAUUUGUUGAAGAGAAACUGCCCAUAAGUAAUUUGAAAGAAUAUUGAAGUUGUGGACAUGGAAUACCAAACAGUCCUUGCACAUAUUAGGUGGUAAUAUUCUUUAGAUGAUACAGUUCUUGGUGAAGAGGAUACUGAAACAGAAAUGUCACAUCUUCCAAAAUUCUUCUCAGACUUUUUGUAAAAUUUAACAUCGGUAACUGGGCAGGUGAAGGCUGUUAUAUAGCCUACUAUUAAAAAUGACAAAUUUCCUGUAAAACUUUCAUUAGCCAUAAUGAAAUUUGCUUUUCACUAAGUGUACACUUGCUUUUAAAGUGAUGUUAUUUGGUCACUUAUAAUAAGCGUACACAUUUAAAAUCUUAUUAAGUUAUGACACUUUGUGAUUGAUUCUGGCAGUAUUGAAAAUUUGCUUCAAAAUAAGCAGUCCAAGCUUGUAAAUUUCUGUUACUGUUUUUACUCAUGAUGAAAACUCCUUCAGUUAUGAUUCUGUGCUCUGACAUAGUAACAUACUUAUCUCCAGUAUAUAGACUCCAGUGAUGAAAUUAUCAUUUAGGGUAUAAGUUAACACUAAAAAGAUGUCCACAAGGGAGGGGAGCUGCCCACAGUCUUUGUUCUUACACUCCAUUCACUUGUGCAGUCCAGAUUACAACAACAUUCAAUUAUAAAUUUAACAUUGACUGUCACGGUUUACCUGUUUGAGGAUUACACAGAAUGCAGUUUCCACUGCUGGUCCUUCUUUUAUAUAAAAUUGCCCCCCUAUUAAUAUUAUAGUGACAGAGCACCACUGGUUUGAUUGUGUCAUGGUUGUUACAAAAGCAUAUUCCCUUGUCACAUGCAUCCACUAUAGAGUUUAAUUGGAUGUUGUAGUAAUGUGUGCCAUUUGAGAUAACAGGUGUCUUAGUGUAUAUCCUCCAGUGGUAUUCUUGUACAGUCUUCAGUUCCCUUGAAUGCCUGCCAGAUUUAAAAUUUUACAAAUAGUGUGUGACCACAGUUUUCUCUAUAGUAAGUCUAGCAGCUGUUGUAAACUUCUUAUGUCUCUUUUAUAACUGAUGCAUGCAUUGUGGAACCAAGCAGGGUAAUGCUCUAAUGAAGCAGUUACAUGUGUGAGAGAUAUACAAUUUGAUCUGAGAUGAGUACAGUAACAUAGACCAGACCUUUGCCCACUGCCCCCAAUAGCUGAUAAAAUUAAAAUGACUGAAACCAAUAGAAUUGGGAUAAUAUGCAAUGUAAUGUAUCAUACACAUACUAUCCUACUACGCCACAUUAGCCAGAAAGUUUUGAGACCAUGGAAUAACUAAAUGAAGCUUUUGUCAGUAGUAAAUAGUAGCAUUCAAUGUUCCAGUAGUAGUAAGUACUCAGUUUGUGAGGUAAAUGUACCAAAUACCUUUUGUUGUGUCAGUCAUCAGGGCAAAUCUUCAACAAGUGAACAGGGUCUAUGAGUAAAUGCUUUAGGAUUAUGUCCUUUACAGAAGGUGCAGACUUGAGAUGCUGGUUGAAGUAGAGCCUGCAGUUAAAGGGGCAGUUUCUGUAUAGAAGUUGAAAUGUUUGUGAUUGUUAUGGCAGUUGUAAUGAUAUGUUAUAACAAAAAGUUACUCAGUUAACAUUGCAUAUGAGUGCUGAUGUAUAGAGGCUCCAUAUAUCAAGAGUCUUUUGGGGAACAUACCGCUGUGACUAGAGCAUGUACACUCAGGCAUUUUUUCUCUAAAAAAUUAUUCAUGUUAUUAUCCUCCAGGAUAUUGUGUCCCCAUAAAAACCUUUUGCUUACUUUCUCUGUCUUAUGUAAUGACGUGUCUCACUAUCAGAGCAAUGGUAUAAUUGGAUAUAUGUAUGCAUUAUAUAUGCAUAUACUACACAGCCACUUACUACUUCUCAUUGCCUGUUCCUGAUGGUAAAUAUAUGUAUACUGGUGUUAAGGAAGCUUGCACCAUGAACAGCAGAUAGUUGUGUGCUCCUUAGAAGUUCUUAGAAGUUUACAAAAACGAGUGAAAUUCGGUAUUUGUUCUCCAACCACAUAUGUGCUCUCCAGUGCCAGAACUAUCAAUAUUUGUUGCUCUAUGUAAGGCGCUGGAGCUCACUUUCAACUACUAAUGUCUUACAUAUCUUCUGAAAAUAUUUAACAAUAUUGUGAAAAGGAUAGUUGCUACUCACCAUAUAGCGAGAUGUUGAGUCGCAGAUAGGCACAACAAAAAGACUCUUAAAAAAUGAGUUUUUGGCCAACAAGGCCUUCGUCAGAGAUAGAAAACACACACACACACGCAAACACAACUCACACACAUAUGGCCGCAGUGUGUGUGUGUGUGUGUGUGUGUGUGUGACGAAGGCCUUGUUGGCCGUAGCUCAUUUUCUGACAGUCUGUUGUGCCUGUCUGCGAAUCAGCAUUUCCACUGUAUGGUGAAUAGCAACUAUCCUUUUCAUAAUAUUGUUACAUUCCAACCUGGAUUUUCCAUUUCUGAAGAUAUUUCUUGCAUAUGUGAUUCACCAGACCUUAAGGGGAAAUUAAGUUUGUUAUUCUUAUCUCUGACACAUUUCUUUAAUUUCACCCUGUCCUCUUUCUUCUUUCACUGCUUUACCCCCAAAAUUUGUUUUUAACUGUGAUAAACUAAUUUUUAUUAUUUUACUUUUCUUUUUGUCUGUGCAUGUAAAUAUUUUUCUGUCAGUUGGUUUUAUGUUUUCAUUAUUUGUAAUAGCAUUUUUGUUAUGCAGGGCCUUGUUUUUCUUUUCCAUUUUAUUGUUUCUCUUUUGACUUUUUCCCUUGUCCUUGUCCUAGUGUUUGUCGGCAACAUAUUAUUGUAAAUGGAUAACUCUUAUUGGCUCCUAUGGUACAUAAGUGUGGUUUCUGGCAUUUGUUCUUCAGAUGUUUCUGUUGUGUACUUAAUGUCUUAUAUUGAUGAAAUGCCUCAUUUUUGCUGCCUUCCCUCUUUUUUAUGUUUUCCCUGUCUUUGUUGUUUGUUUAUUUCCAUGAUGGGAACUUUCCUUUAUACAACCUUUAGUAUUUACUUUGUAUAUUGUGACUACACAGCAUUAUCUACUGUAGUUAUGUACACAUUUGUAACUACCUUUAUUCAGUUUGAUACCUUUUCAUAUUGUUGUCACAAACUUUACAAUAUUUUUCAAAGUGGAGAGAGAUGAUAACAAAAUACUCAAUUUCAGAAAAUGAACUAAAGGAUCUGAAGUAACCAUUGAUGUAAUUAUUUAUCCUAUGAACUGUUUUUACUCUUGUAAAAAAUGAAAGUUUAUUAUUUGUACAGUCUUUUUUAAUAUAUUUUUGUAAUUUUCAAGUACACAUUUUUAUUUUUAUUUAAUGAUUUAUUUAUUUAUGAGCAUAUCAGAUGUUAUGGAAAUGGUCUUAAUGUGUUAUAUCAUAUAGAUAUUCAUUAUUUGUUCUGCUUAAUAUUGUUGUCCUGUACAGUGCAUUUAAUAAGUCCAGUAUAAGGACUCAUUAUAUUGUUGUGAAAGCAGAAUUCUUUUCCUGGUACAUGCUUAUCACUAUUUACUAGUUAAUAUUCAUAAUUUGACUAAGUUUUAUGUAUGUGGUAUUUUUUGCUGUUUUUAAUGCAUCAGACUCUGCAUUUGUUGGCAGUAUUCUGAUAACUUGUUUCAAAGGAACAACAGUUUGUUUAUGUUGGCACAAACAUUCCUUUGUACUCGCAGUACAUCCUUCCUAUGCAAUAAUUUGUUUUAGAAAUGAAGCCUUGUGUGUAAAUAAUGUUGGUUUAUAAAAUCAGCCAAUAUUAUUUGGUGGUGAUAUUUGUAUGUAAGCAUUUCCACAUCCAAGGGACAUCAGACUACAAUUAAUGUAUUGUACAUUGUAGUCUUUUUUCUUCUUCCUUCUGGUUAGAAAUGUACCACUUUAAUUGCACUUUCAUGUGCUUGAACAGUAUUUGUUUAGCCCUAACAAAACUACAAAAAUGUAAAGUGCAUGUUGCCAAUCUGUAGGAAAUGUAAUGAAUGAAAUUGUGUUUUAUGAUAGUCUUUUGUUUGUCACAAACACAGUUCUCAGAUUUUAUGGACAGUACCAUGUGGUAGCCACAACAAUCAUAAGCUGUGAAAAUCAUCAUUACUGACUCUACGAACCAGAUAUUUUUGAAGGCCCUGUGAAGUUGAAAUGGAAAGGCAAGGUGUAAUUACAGCCUGGAGCUGUCAUUCUGUUUGUGAAUCAUUUGCAGACAGCAUUGUAGAAAUAGAACUGUCAGUGAACAACGUGUAUAUGGCUAAAUCCCAUUUUUAAUCUGUCAUGAUUAAUCAAACCAGUGUUUAUUGCCCAUGAAGUAGUAAACUUGAUUCUAAAAUUUUUGGAAUACACAUCAGUGUAAUAGAACAGUCAGGUAAUGUUUUCUUAAGGAAAGUGAAGACUGUAUGCAGACCAUAAAUUUACUUUUAGUUCUGUCACUGUUGUUAAGAGUUUAGCAGUUCACUGGUAAUUUGUACUGAUAGAGAGGGCAUUUUUGUUAUAUUGAUUGUACAUACUGACAAUCAAAAGCUUAAAAGAACAUUAUUCAAUAAAUAUUGCUCUUUAUUCACACAUGCCACCACAGUUAGCUUGUCGUAACAUCAUUAUGUCGAUACACUUGUACACUCAGUCACAUCUGCAAAACACACACACACACACACACACACACACACACACACACACUUUGAAAUUGAUUUGGUUUAGAAAAGAUUUCUAAUUUGGAUAAUGAAAAGCCUGUGGUUAACAAUAGUGUGAGAUUCAGCUGACAGACCGACAAUCAUUUUAAAGUAGUUGGACUGGUUUGUGGAUAGACACAAGUAAAUAUAACUUCUUCUAAAUUAUUUAACUCUUUAUUCAUGUGCAUGUACCUUAUAUGCAUCUGUCCACCAAUCAGAACUUCUCCUUGUUACUUUGUGGUAGUCUGUACAGCCAGCCAUUAUUGAUUUAUGUUUGGGUAAGAGCCUUUGUGUCAGUCUAUGCUCUAUAGGCAAAACUGCACCAAAUUUAUUAUUGAAGAAGUGAUACAGUAGUCAAACAUAGUUUCCAAACAAAAACAUUUACACCAACAAAACAUUCUACUGAAUAGGAAACAUUUACUAUGUACAUAAAUUUGGGGUGCACUUAGAAAAGUAGAGAAGUCUAAAAAGUGGGUGGUUGUGAAGGAAAGCUAUAAACAUAGAUUCAUUGAUAAGACUUUCUAAUGUGGUUAGAGACUGGAUAAACAAUUGCCUUAUUCUUUGAUGUGUUCAAAUGAGUUGUUGAUUCCAUAUUUGAACAAUAUUUCGAUGACCAAACCACUCCCUUUCUUCAGGAACAGCAAGCUGUGCAAUUAGUUUACUCGCUGCGUGCUCUCCAGGCAGACUGUGAAGUAUUGUUGGUGCCAUACUGCCACUUACACCAGAGUUUGUCUCCCAGUACUGGCUACACCCUUUGAUGCUCAUUUACUUUUCUGAACCCACAUAGUUAUUCCAUGAAAUACACAUUUUCUCAGUAUUUCCCAGCCCUGACAGAUGAGAAGGCCAGUGAUAUCUUACUAAAUAGAGUCUCAUAUCCCAAUCUUUAAGUAAAUUGGAACCUCCAUCCCAUUUUAUUAGAUUUACUUAGUCUUUAUUUUAAAACAUUCCUUAGGCAUCUGCCCUGGACACUUUGCACUUUCACCAUAAUACUGGGUACAUAAUAUUUCAUUUCAUGAUUAUAUUCAAGACAGUGCCAAAGCUGCAUUUUCCUUGUUGUUUUAGUAUAGUGUGUCAAUGAUGUUCCUUGCACAUCUCCUCAACUGUUUAAUAGUCUAAUCCAUAUAUAACCUUCCAUUUUACACACAUAUUUCAAAGUCCUAAAACAUCUUAAACAUUACUAAUAUGACUUUUAAUCUUUAUUGAUGUGAGUGUAAUACAUUUAAUGCCACUUUUCUGUAGGAAUCAACCAGUCUUUCCUGAGACUGGGCCAGCAUAAGAUGAUGCUUAUCUUUGUUUUUUCUGUCCAACUGCGGUCUCAGACAGUGUUGAUUUUGACUGGAACACCCACUCCGUUUGUCAAUCUGUGUACCCAUAUAUAUGUGGAAAAUUGUUAGAAGGUGGUGUGGUUCUUUGGUGCAGCUCUCUUUGUCUGGCUGUGAUCGAACUAUAUAGACUAGAAUCUUUAGGACAGAAUUUCUUUAUGGCAGAUGAUAAUAACUGAACAUCAAACAGAGAAAACUUGAGUGAUGAUGUCUUUACUUGUAUAUUCUAUUGUAUUUUGGAGGAUUGUAAUUUUGUAGACGGUACUUUCUGAUAAUUUUCAUCAUUAUUCAUUAUAUUACCUUGUCAUGUUACAGUCCUUGGGUCAUGAUACAAAUUUUAAAAGCUUGAGUGGUGGCUGAUAUGUAUUCCUUGAAAAUGUUGACUAUAUUGUGGCUGUGUUGUCUUCUCACUCUUCAUUUGUUCUCAGGUAUGGAAGAAAGAACUAUAAAGAUUGUCAAUAGAAUGCAUAUUUACAUUCAUUACACUAAAAAUGAGAGAGUAGUGGUGGUGAAAAACCACUUGGAGAUCUGAUUAUCAGAGUAAAUAGAUUUGAACUUUCUCACUUUCCUCCACUUUUUCCAGUUAGGCCAGAAAUUUGACAUGGUGAAAAUGUCAGUUAUAAUUUUGAAAGAAAAAAUUAAGAGUCACAUUUUUCAUGGAUAAAUUACAAGAAAUUGGUCUGAAAAUAGUGAAUGUAACUGUGUUGCUGCAGAUACCCCUAAUGAAAUUUCUGUCUUCAAGGGGAUCAAGAAAAUUAUAAGAUAGAUAUUUUUUAAAGGAAAAGGAAAAUUUUGUACUGCUGCAGCAGAAAGAAAUUAAUGAAGAGAUGCAAGACAGUUAUUAAACCUGAGGUGGCUGGUGGUGUUUUAAUAUUCUGAUUGCUUGUAGCAAUGUUUUGGAAUGUGCGAAGAGAGCGAACAUUUUCAGUGUGUGAAGAGAGCGAACAUUUUCAAUUACCUUAUUAAUUUUGAAAACUAUUUUUUGUUUUCUAUAUAUUAUUGUACCUUAGUUGUAAUCCUAUCUUGCUACCAACCCCAAUCCUCUCCCUCCCCCUCCCUCCAACAUGGGCGCACGCGCCCACACACACACACACACACACACACACACACACACACAAAUGGUUGUUUUCCUCUGUUUUAUUUUCAUUGUUAUCUGCAAAUUAACUACCAACUGUAUUUUUGUGGUUUGUUGUAAUUGCCUGUCUGUUUUUCUCAUCAGUGCAUAAGUUAGGUAGCAAUUGCUGGUAACAAGAUGCACAGUUGUAAUUACUUUUCUGGUGGUUAGCAGUACCCUUUGCUUUGGCUCUUCACCCAGCAGCAUAUGAGAGUUCACAUUUCAGUUGAUGUUUGUCUUGUCUUCAAAGAGCUGUUAUUAUGAAUAUUGAUACUGCCAUUUUUCAAAGCAGUUUCUGGAUGUUUAUCAAGUGAAAUAAUUGAAGAGAGAGAAAAUGGAAACUAAACAACAGUGAAAUCCCAUUUUGUAUCUCAGCAGAGAUUUCAGUUUACAGAGAAUUUAACAUUUAAGCCUUGUUGAUAGUAUCCAUAGUAUGGAAGACAAAUAAAUGCAAAGUUAUUUGUAAGUGCCAUUAGAUUAGUUGCUUAUGUUGUUCAUUGCAAAUUAUGAUAGAAAAUGCCAGUUGUACUCCACUGAAGGACAAAAAGGCAUAUGGUGAUGUAGAACAUACAGCACUUAUAUAAAAGACCUCAUGCCCCACAGGAAAUCAGAGAUAGUGUUAAAUUUCACUGUUAUAGAUAUAUGUGCAGGUGUAGCAGGAUGUUAAUCAUUGCAACUGCAAAAUUCUUCCUCCUCCAUCAUCAUCAGUUAAUUAUUGACUUCUGUAAAAAUGUCACCUCCAGAAAGUAUAUCAGGUAUUUGGCAAAUUUUGAUAGUGAAAUGACUUCUUCAGAAGUACUUCUCUUUAUUUCCUCUUGGGUGGUUAUGAUGUGUAACAUAAAAGAGUGUGCUGUGAGUUAACUUACUGUAUAACAGUAAAAGUUUUCUAUCCACUCUGGUGCAUUACUCUGUUCUAAAUGCUCAAAAAGUCAUUUGAAGCCAUUGAGCUCACAUACACCCUUACAAAUCUUUGAUGAUGAUGUCUUGUUUUCAGUUUUUCAUCAAAUAUCAUAGUUGCCACAUAGGUCACAGAUUUCACUAAGCAAUUUGCUUUAAAGUAAUGCUGAGUUAUUUGAAAGAAGGUAGAAAAAAUAAUAUCAUUUUAAUUGGGGCAGAGUAAGUGACAUUUCAUAAACAGGUUUAGUGUACCUGGAUUUUUGUACAUUAUUAAAAAUUUACAGGCUUUAGGCAUUUCCUGCAGAUUCUUCUUCAUUUUAGUCAGUUGUAUCAAACAUCAUUUUAAACAUCUAAGCACUAAUUUAAUAUGAGAACAGAAAAUUGAGGGAGUGGAAUGAGGGAACAAAAUAAUAGUAUAGUGGAGGUGCUCACCUGAAUAGCAUUCAUUUAUUGCUGGAGUUGUUUAAGAGGAUAUUUUGCAGUGUAAAAAUUAUCUACCAUUUAGUGUCUGUGAUGAAUCUUGUUUCUGGGAUUUGUUUGUGUUCAAGUGCGCCAUUCAAAAUUUUCAUCUGAAAUUCAGUUAAAUCGGAUACUCUAGCACACAACAUGUUCACCAAUAAUCAAAUAUUUGUUUGCUAAGUUUGCUUUCCUUUCCUUGAAUUUUGUGCUGUACAAGCACAUUUCCACAUCCUUCUCUGCAUAGAAAUGUAAUAUUUGAACUUUUAUUGCAACACAUCCUGGCUGCGCUCAAAUAAGACUUGAAAUACAUUUAUUGCUUCAGCUUAGUUUUGAAUCCUUUUCUUUCUCCUAGCAGUUUAUUGAGACAGUCAGUUGCCAUUCUUUUCACUGCCACCUUACAUGAAAAUUGGUUUCAUCAUGAACAGCAUUAGGCAAAUUUUGAAUUGGUGAUGUUGUAUGACAGAUGGAAGCUUGACUCAUAACUAGAGAUAAUAGUGUAGUGUUAAUCCAGUAGUUCUUACACAUGUUUUAAAUAAAAUUAGUGCCAAACAUCAUAUGUGACUCAACAACUUUUAAUUCAGUAUUGUUUAUCUUAGACAUACAACUCAAUCCCUUUAUUUUUAAAAUUCUGCUAGGCAGUAAAAAAAUUGUUUCUUAUUAUUUAAAAUAUUGGGUGUUACGUGACAAGCUUGCAAAAUUUAUUUGUUCAUUAUCAAGUAAAAAUGUGUGCGCACACACGCACGCGCGUACACACACACACACACACACACACACACACACACAUUGUCUCAUUUGAAACUUACAAUUGCAGCCUAAGUUUUGAUAGGCUUUUAAUUUUCUGUGCAGUAGAAAUAUCAUUACAGACUAGAGACAGAGACCAGUUUCGCUUUCCUUGUGUCGGUAAUAACUUUUAUAUGAAAACACUAGGCACUACAUUCCUGACUCAAUGAGUAGUCCACAUUAAAUGUAUUUAUUUGUAACUUAUUUAAAUAUGUUAGAUUAAUACGUAGGCCUAAAAUAAUUGCACUGAUUUGCCGAGAAUACAAAAACUCAUGGGUUAACCAUUGAAAAAAAAAAAUGCAAUAAUCAAACAUUGUGAGGAAUGAUCUGUUUUUCAUAUAAAAGAAGACCAAAAUUGAGUGAUAAUGUCAAUAUCUUUGUGAAGAACAUUGCUUCCUGAAAGAGAUUACAGUCUUCAAGGUUUCCUUGGCAUUGCUUUUUUUCUAACUUGUAUAUAUGUUUAUCCAGGGAACUUUAUUGUGUGAUGAGUGAAGUUAUUGGUGCUAUGAGAAAUACUGAUAUGUGUUAAUGGUGUUCGUGAUAAAGACUGUUAUGGAAGGGGUGUCAUAUGUACAUGUGUGUGUGUGAAUGAGUGGCUGCAUGUAUCUUCAGAUACAUAUAGCACAUAAUAAUAUCCAUAUAUUGGUUGAAUAAAAAUUUUGGAUAGCCCUA